AUGCCGUCCAUGUCCAAGUUCGCACAGAAGUCGGUCUUCGCGCUGUCUUUGCUGGCAGCCCUAGUCCAGGCCGCACCUUCAGCAAGCCUCAAAUUUGACUACAGUGCCAAGAAGGUUCGGGGCGUCAACCUCGGUGGCUGGCUUGUCACGGAACCCUGGAUUACUCCAUCAAUUUUUGAAGCAGCUGGCGAUGCUGCUGUUGAUGAGUGGACUCUGUGCGAAACUUUGGGCUCAGACGAAUGCCGAUUUGUACUUGACCAGCACUGGGGCACUUUCAUCACUGCCGAUGACUUUAGUCAGAUCGCCAGUACGGGUAUGAACCAUGUCAGAAUUCCCAUUGGAUACUGGGCCGUGAAGCACCUAGAUGGUGACCCAUAUAUCGACGGUCAGCUCAAAUACCUUGAUCAGGCAAUCGCCUGGGCUCGUGCUGCCGGUCUUAAGGUCAUUGUCGACCUACAUGGCGCUCCUGGCUCCCAGAACGGCUUCGACAACAGCGGAAGGCGUGGUCCUAUCGCAUGGCAACAGGGCAACACUGUUGAGAACACCAAGGAUGCACUGGACGCUUUGGCUGCGCGCUACAAAGACGAUGGAGACGUUGUGACUGCGAUCGAGGCCCUGAACGAGCCCAGCAUUCCCGGCGGAGUCAACCAGGACGGUCUGAAGCAAUACUACUAUGACUCAUGGGGCCUCCUCCGCAAGUACAGCCAGGACACCACGCUUGUGCUGCACGACGGGUUCGUGGCACCUGAAUCAUGGAACGGUUUCAUGAACCAGAACUCUGGUGUCUGGUAUGUGAUGAUGGAUACCCACCACUACGAGGUGUUCGACAGCAGUAUUCUUACCCUCGACACCACCGCACACGUCAACAACGUUUGCAGCUUUGCCAAUGACCACGUUAAGACAACCGAUAAGUGGACUGUCGUUGGCGAGUGGACUGGUGCCAUGACCGACUGCGCCAAGUACCUGAACGGCAAGGGCGUUGGGGCCCGCUACGAUGGAACUUUCCCCAACAGCCAGGCCAUCGGUAGCUGCGCAGGCAAGUCUAGUGGAACGGUGGAGGCUCUGUCGGAGACUGACCGUGCCAACACUCGUCGCUUCAUUGAAGGCCAGCUUGACGCUUAUGAGAAGGGUAACGGCUGGCUGUACUGGACCUGGAAGACCGAGGGUGCUCCCGAGUGGGAUAUGCAAGAGCAACUCGCCGCCGGGGUCUUCCCUAACCCUGUGACUGAUCGUCAAUUCCCCGGACAGUGCUAG